AUGUCCCGCCAGUCCACUGUCACCUUCCAGACCGGGAGCCGCAGGGGCUUCAGCACUGCUUCGGCCAGCACCCCAGCAGCAGGCCGCUCCCGCUUCAGCUCCGCCUCGGUAGCCCGCUCCACGGGCAGCAGCACGGGGCUGGGCAGGAUCAGCGGUUUUGGGAGCCGCAGCCUGUACAACUUGGAGGGUGCCAAGCGGGUCUCUGUCAGUGGGUGUGGGAGCAGCUUCCGGAGCGGCUUUGGCAGCAGGGCUAGCAGCGGGUUCGGGGUCAGCAAUGGAUUUGGCUAUGGGAGUGGCAUUGGUGGUGGCUAUGGGGGUGCUGGCUUCCCCACAUGUCCCUCUGGAGGCAUCCAGGAGGUCACCGUCAACCAGAGUCUGCUGACACCCCUCAAUCUGCAAAUCGACCCCACCAUCCAGAGGGUGCGCAAAGAAGAGCGCGAGCAAAUCAAGACCCUCAACAACAAGUUUGCCUCCUUCAUCGACAAGGUGCGCUUCCUGGAGCAGCAGAACAAGGUACUGGAGACCAAAUGGAACCUGCUGCAGGAACAGGGCUCCAGGGUCGUGAGACAGAGCCUGGAGCCCCUCUUUGAUGCCUACAUCAACGGCCUCCGGCGGCAGCUGGACAGCAUCACCAACGAGAGGGGCAGGCUGGACGCCGAGCUGAGGAGCAUGCAGGAGGUUGUGGAGGAUUUCAAAGUCAGGUAUGAAGAUGAAAUUAACAAGCGCACAGCCGCUGAGAAUGAGUUUGUGGCCCUGAAGAAGGACGUGGAUGGUGCCUACAUGAACAAGGUGGAGCUGGAGGCCAAGGUGAACACACUGACAGAGGAGACCAACUUCCUCCGGAUGGUCUACGAGGCGGAGCUGUCCCAGAUGCAAAACCAGGUCAGCGACACAUCUGUAGUGCUGUCCAUGGACAACAACCGCUCACUGGACCUGGACAGCAUCAUCGCCGAGGUCAAGGCCCAGUACGAGGAUAUCGCCAACCGCAGCCGCGCCGAGGCUGAGUCCUGGUACCAGACCAAGUAUGAGGAGUUGCAGGUCACAGCAGGCCGACAUGGCGAUGACCUCCGCAAUACCAAGCAAGAAAUCUCUGAAAUGAACCGAAUGAUCCAGAGGCUGAGGUCUGAGAUCGACAACGUCAAGAAGCAGUGCUCCAGUCUACAGACGGCCAUCGCCGACGCCGAGCAGCGUGGCGAGCUGGCCCUCAAGGAUGCCCGAUCCAAACUGGUGGACCUUGAGGAGGCCCUGCAGAAGGCCAAGCAGGACAUGGCCCGGCUGCUGCGCGAGUACCAGGAGCUGAUGAAUGUGAAACUGGCCCUGGAUGUGGAGAUUGCUACCUACCGCAAGCUGCUGGAAGGCGAGGAGCACAGGCUGAGCGGAGAAGGCGUCUCCCCAGUGAACAUCUCCGUGGUCACCUCCACCGUUUCCAGUGGCUAUGGCGGCGGAAGCAACAGUUUUGGUGGUGGCAACCUGGGUCUCGGCGGAGGAAGCAGUUACUCUUUUACCACCAGCGGUGGGCACAGCCUGGGCACAGGCCUAGGGGGCUCUGGCUUCAGUGCCAGCAGCAGCCGGGGUCUUGGAGGCAGUGGCUCCAGCAUGAAGUUUGUCUCAACCACAUCUUCCAGUCGCAAGACCUACAAGCACUAA